GAUGUGGCUAUUCUUGAAUACCGUGCACCAACUCUCGCAGCAAACUGCAUCUCCAACCAUUUCAGCGGUGACCGGGAAAAAGCAGUCUUGUUGGAUGUGGCUUGUGGGACAGGACUACUGGCCAAACAGAUGAAGAGACAUGGAUUUGGACGAUUUGUGGGUCUUGAUGCAUGCGAGCCGAUGCUGGAGAUUGCCAGAGAGACUGGGUUGUACCAGGAGCUGAAGCAGUCGAUGCUGGGCGAGGAGCCCCUGCCUGACCAGUGGGCGGAUUCAUUUGAUGUGGUUCUGAUCUCUGGAGCGCUGUGUGGUGGUCACGCCCCAGUGGCUGUGGUCAGAGAUCUCUGCAGAGUCACUAAACCAGGUGGCUACGUUUGCAUGACGACCAGGACUAACAUUGGCAAUCUGGAAUACAAAGGCGCCCUGGACCAUGAGCUGAAGCAGAUGGAAGAAGAGGGACUGUGGAUUUGUGUGGAUGUGACUGAGGUGGAAGAAUGGGAGAGAGCCGUGUCAGAGAAGGAGGAGGGCUACAUAUCUGGUGUUGUUUACCUCUAUAAGAAAAUCUAAGACAGUGCCCAGGAAACAUGGCUUCUUAACAGCCAAGGACAAAAUAAAAUUACUAUUCAAAUAAAU